AUGGCUUCAUAUCAACCAAAUUUUCCAUUAGCUUUAGAUGCUUUGUACUGUGAAGAGGAACAUUGGGAUAAUGGAGAAGUUGAAAACAGAGACAUAUGUUUCAUAGAAGAAGAGGGCAGAUUUCUUGCUGAUUUUAUACACUGUAAACGUUCUGUGGUGUUAUUGGAACAUGACUUGUUUUGGGAAGAUGAAGAGUUGAGUUCUUUAUUGUCUAAAGAGCAGGGAAAUGAACUGUAUAAUGGGAUUCAAGAAAACCAAUCUUUGGCUAAGGCUAGAGGUGAGGCAGUGGAAUGGAUACUUAAGGUCACUGAACAUUACUCAUUUUCAGCUCUUACUGCGGUUCUUGCAGUUAACUAUUUGGAUAGGUUCCUCUGUGGCUUUCAGUCACAUGGCGAGAAGCCAUGGAUGACUCAACUAGCAGCUGUGACCUGUCUUUCUUUGGCUGCAAAAGUUGAGGAGACUCAAGUACCUCUCCUUUUAGACUUCCAAGUGGAAGAGUCUAAAUAUGUGUUUGAGGCAAAAACUAUUCAAAGAAUGGAAAUUUUAGUUCUGUCCACACUCCAGUGGAAGAUGAAUCCAGUUACCCCAAUUUCAUUUCUUGAUUACAUUGCAAGGAGGCUGGGAUUGAAGAGCAAUUUGUGCUGUGAAUUUCUGAAGAGAUGCGAGUGUUUGCUUCUGUCAAUCAUUUCUGAUUAUAGAUUCAUGUGUUAUCUGCCUUCUGCAAUAGCCAGUGCCACAAUGCUGUACGUUAUCAGUAGCUUAGAGCCUUGCAUUGGACUAGAGUAUCAAGAUCAACUGUUAGGCAUUCUUGGAAUCAACAAGGACAAAGUGGAGGAAUGCUGUAGUCUAAUACAGGAGGUGGAAACAAGGAUUCAGUUCCAUUCACUCAACAAAAGAAAAUUUGGAUCAUUCCCAGCCAGUCCCAAAGGGGUUGUGGAUGUUUCAUUUAGCUUUGAUAGCUCCAAUGAUUCAUGGGCAGUGUCUUCAUCAGCAGCUACAUCAGUUUCUUCCUCACCAGAGCCUUCAUCCAAGAAAAUCAAGAAUCUGCACACUCCAAAUGAAGCAGAUACUUUUAGCUAUUCCCACCAAGUCUAA